AUGGCCGACAUGAAGAAGAUAUUCACGUCCAAAGCGUGUCCUCCUGCUGGACCAUACACCCAAGCAAUAGCAACCGGCAACACGAUCUUCGUAUCCGGCCAGAUCCCAGCCGACAGCGAGGGCAAGCUGGUCGAGGGCAGCAUCGCGGACAAAACCGAGGCGUGCUGUAAGAACAUACAGGCCAUCCUCGAGGAGGCGGGGAGUGGGAUGGAGAGGGUAGUCAAGUGCAAUGUCUUCAUCACGGAUAUGGCGAAUUUUGCGGAGAUGAAUGGGGUAUACGAGAAGUACUUUGCGCACAAGCCGGCCAGGAGCUGUGUAGCGGUGUACCAGCUGCCGAAGGGGGUGCCGGUGGAGAUUGAGUGUAUCGCGCUUGCGGGUGAGGGGAGUAAGCUAUGA